AUGAGUCUUCCCAGCCUCACACAGUACCACAAGAAGCCUUAUCCAGCCAUCUCACCGUCCCGUCCCGAGUUGAACCAGUCGGGAAAGACCGUCUUGAUCACCGGUGGAAGCAGUGGUAUCGGCUUUGCCAUCGCCCGCAACUUCGUCGCGGCAGACGCAGAGCGCGUCAUUAUACUUGGGCGCCGCGAAGAGACUGUCAAAACUGUCGUUACCAAUCUCUCGACAGAAGCCACUCAGUCGAAAAAGUCCACCAAGAUAGAUGGACGAGUUGGUGAUGCCUUCGAUGUUUUGUACAUCGAAAAGCUUUGGAAGGACCUGCAGUCCAACAGCAUCUUUGUAGAUGUAUUGGUGCUCAAUGCUGCGGGGUUUGGGGCCAAAGAGACAAUUCUACAGGGCGGCAUCUCCAAGGUUUGGGCCGACUUUGAGGCGAACGUGAGAAGCCCGCUAGCCAUGACGGAUUAUUUCUACAAACAAUCGAUACAAGGGGCUGUCAGACAGAAAUUCCUCGUCAACAUCUCAACCGUUGCUGCUUACAUGUGGACUACAAUGGGUCCCGAUCGGCCAACGUACGGACUCACGAAGAAUUCCGGCACUCUUUUGCUACAACAAAUCGCCAAAGACACCAAACCGACGGACAUGCAGAUCGUUAGUAUACAUCCAGGGGGUGUACUUACGGAUUCUGCCCGGUCCGCAGGGUUCAACGAGGACAUGGGCAUCAAGUUCGAUGACGAAAACCUGCCCAGUCAGUUCUCGCUUUGGGCUGCCAGUCCCGAAGCUAGAUUUCUUCAUGGCCGCUUUGUGUGGGCCAACUGGGAUGUCGAGGAACUUAUGGCCGGUCUCGUGAGAAAACAGAUCGAGGAUGAUGAACACUUUUUGAAGGUGGGCAUCGAAGGUCUUUCGGAGAAAACGGGUGGAAUGAUUUUAUGA